UUGUGCAGCUUCUGCAGGUCAAGUAUUACGACAUUAAUGAAUAAUUAAACUGUUCAUAAAGAAGAUUAUUUUAAAUGCUAUGAGGUAUUUAUUAUCAUGACUAAAACUUUAUCAUAUACAAGUGGGUGCAAGCAUGCUGCUGCACUAUUGCUAUGGUGCACAGAAGGUCUGAGCAGCCUCUAAUUACGUCCGUCACAUGCUAUUGGAAGAAGUCGAAAUUAUCUACAUGUGCUUCUGGAAAAUCUGUCAUAAAAGCCAAAGAAAUGGGUCAAGUUUCAGUCAAUCACAGUUUCUCUCAAGUAAGCAGCUUUUUUAUUUAAAGAGAUUGAAAAGAAGUUAAAUGUGUGUUACAAUAAUAACUGCAUAUUUUUAGGUGGAUAUUUUAUAAGAAUUUGUAGAUGCUGUCAAUAAAAAAGAUUGUCAGGGAAGUAUUCUUCUUCGUGUGUUCAAGCUUGAUUGGAAAGUUGGACUCUCCAGAAUCAUUUCUUGAAGCAUUAUCAAAGCAAAUGACCACUGAUAAUAUAAAUAUGGUAUUUUCCACCACCAAACAUCAAAGUGAUUCACCAAUGUGGUUUGAGUUGAGGUACGGCAGAAUAACUGGCUCAACUCUUUAUGAAGCCGCUCACUGUAGAACUAUAAAUGGUUCCCUUCUGAACGCAAUUAUGGGAGAACAUUCAAAAUUUACUUCCAUUGCGAUGAGUAGAGGGAAAAUACUAGAAAAAAAAGUUCUCAAAGUAGUAAGCAAGAAAGAAAAGAUUGAAAUUGAAGAAGCUGGACUACUUCUUAAUGCCGAGUAUCCUAUUUUUGGAGCAACACCUGACGGGCUUACUGAAAAUUAUACAAUAGAAGUCAAAUAUCCUUCAACCGAAGCUGCCAUACUUUCCUAUGUGAAAUACAAUAAAAUAACACCAAAAUGUUGUGUGCCAUAUGAUAACAGCAUUGUAUCUGUAAUGAAUAUUGCAAAGAAAUUCUGGAUAGAUGCUGUAUUUCCGAAAUUAAAAGAUAUAUAUAAUAUAUAAGCACAUUUUUUUGUUUUUCAUAAAUUUAUUAAAUAUUUCAUAAAUUUAUUAAAUAAAACUAUGCUUCGAAAAUAUUGUUUUUUAUUCAAUUUUAAUUAAAGGUGAUUAACAAGUGCACAACAAAUGAUUAUACUAUAGUCUAUUUGGGGUAUGAGAAAAUGAUCUACACAGGCAUUUAGAAACUUUGUUAAAGUAGAUGGACACAUAGGCA